AUGUAUAGGACUACCACUUUGAAAACUCCAUUUAACUGGACAGCGACAACAGGAACACCUGCUGCCACCCAACCAUCGUUUCCAAGCUUUGGUGGCAUAAGUACACAAGUACCUUCAACGUCUGCUGGAUCAGGAACUAAUGCCCAAAUUAACAUUAUGAACAUCACGAAAGCAACCAGAUUUUCUGACUUACCACCAGAAAGCCAAAAGUUUCUUGCAACUUUGGACAAUCAUAUACAACAACAGAAACGGCUGAUGUCGUCCAUUGGUUCUAUGAUUUUACCAAGUGUCAAACAACAAAUACUCGACGUAUUUAACGAAUCGCGAAUAUUAUUUCAGAAAUUGGCCCAAUUGACUAAUGAUUUGCAAAGCGAUCAUCGCCUCGUAAACGAUUUGCUAUCAGAAAUUGAUGUUCAAAUAGGACUUGUUGACAACGCUCGUCGAUUUUAUGACGCUGCAUCACAAGGACUAAGCAACGCGAUCAUGCAAAUUGGUGACAAUGUUUUUUCCAAAUUUUAUUAUGACCUGAUAGUAUCAUUCGAGAACCGACUGCAACAAUACGAUUCAUACAUCGAGGAAUUAGAACGUCAUUUUACAUGGUUAUAUCAGAAUGCUGAUGGUAGAGGAAACGAACAAGAUCUGGUAGCACUUAUGGAAACUAUGCGCAAUCAACACGGCAGUUUUAUGGCAAUAACAGGAAAAGUUGCAUUGUUACAUGAAAGCGUAGAAAAACUACGGCAAAAAUAUCUUAAUUAUCGACGUGAUAUUUUACAAGACAAUAUCAACCCCUUUGAUAGACAGGAUUCGCGGCUGAAAGACGCUGUACCUGUUUUAUCCCUUACUGAAACUAUGUCGCCGAGGGAGUUAGCACAAACGAUCUCGAGAAUACCUGCAACAAAUCAAACACAGCCAACCAAUGCAUUCCAACAAUCAAGUAUAUUCUCUUCAUUUAAACGGAUUUUCAUUUAG